UCCUCACGUUUUUCUUUUGCUCCAUUUUCCUUUCUUUCUCUCUCCCUUUCUUUUUCUCAUACUUCUUCUCUCCAUUCUCCCAACAAAAUUUCUUUGUCAUGGCGAUUCCAAUUCAGUUUCCCUUUCUGCUUCGGUUUUUCUUCCUAUUUUCUCUCUGCUCCUUUUCCGUCUCUGAUUCCGAUUCUCUGAGUGCGCACCAGCACCAUGUGUUUCCGCGGCCGCUGAUAGUGGAGUACGCGGGGGUGGCGGAAGUGGCGGAGGAGGUACGCCUGCGGUGUGGCGCGUGGCGCGUGGCUGGGGAGGCGAACAACCUUGGCGAAUGGAAGACGGUGCCGGAGGUGUGCGUGGAGUACGUGAAGGAGUACAUGACGGGGAAAGGGUACUUGGUGGAUCUGGAAAUGGUGUCCAAGGAGGCGGAGGAGUAUGCCAAGAGUGUGAAACUCAGUGACGAUGGCAAAGACGCGUGGAUUUUUGACAUUGAUGAGACCUUGCUCUCCAAUCUUCCCUAUUAUGCCGCACAUGGAUAUGGGCUUGAGGUUUUUGACCAUGAGAAGUUUAACGAUUGGGUGGAGACCGGUGGAGCUCCAGCCAUAGAACCCAGUUUAAAGCUCUAUGAAGAUGUUCUGAAUCUGGGAUUCAAGGUUAUUCUGCUGACUGGACGGAGUGAAAGACACAGGAGUGUUACUGUUGAUAAUUUGGUCAAUGCUGGGUUUAAGGAAUGGGACCAGCUCAUAUUAAGAAGUUCAGCUGAUCAAGGGAAACGAGCUGUACUCUUCAAAUCAGAGAAGAGGAAUGAGAUGGAGAAAGAUGGAUACAGGAUUCUUGGAAACUCUGGUGACCAGUGGAGCGAUUUAUUAGGUUCUUCACUAUCUGUUAGAUCCUUCAAGCUUCCAAAUCCCAUGUAUUACAUCCCUUAGUAACCCUCAUUUAUUUGCAAAUAUCUGCUAUCUGAACUGUACAUAACCAGAGUGACUCAAUUCAUAUCCUGAAUAUCAUUGCAAAUAGUUCAUACACUAUCUCAA